GGAGCGGUCGAGGCCGUCAUGAGAUGCCUCGAUAGGCACGCGAACGACUUGAAAGUACAGCAGGCUGCGUGUGAGGCCCUGAAGUACACAAUGCAGUACUUCCGAUACCAGGGCACAGCGAGAGAUGCGACACCGAUCGAGGCCGUCGUCAGCGCCAUGACCAGGCACCAGAGCAACGCGAAGAUACAGCAAGGUCUAUGCAAGGUGCUGACAGCGAUAGCCGAGAGCCACGAGCAGAACAAGCUCCCGGCCAUGCAGGCGGGAGCGAUCGAGGCCGUCGUCAGCGCCAUGUCCACGCACGCAGACAAGCAAUGGUUACAAAAUGAUGGAUGCGAGGCCUUGCGCAGCAUGACGGAGGGCAUGGCUGACAGCCAGGCGCGGGCGCGGGAGGCGGGAGCGAUCGAGGCCGCCGUCGUCAGCGCCAUGUCCACACAUGUGGACGAACGAUGGCUACAGUGUGAUGCAUGCAAGGCCUUGCGCAGCAUGACGGAGGGCAUGGCGGACAGCCAGGCGCGGGCGCGGGAGGCGGGAGCGAUCGAGGCGGUAGCGAGGGCGAUGCAAAGGCAUGAGGGCAGCGGGUGGUUGGAGGAUAGCGCGAUGGAGGCUCUGAGCAGCCUUGCUAGCGACAACUCGUACAACAUCCGACGCAUC